AACAAGUGUAUAUAGUGCAGACAUUAACCUGUUUAUGUGUAGUGACGCGGGAAUAUAUGUUAUAGUAGAGAGUUUUCAACAUUUUUCUAUGUGGGAAUACUGUACAUAAAUGAAUAAUACAUCAGGUAAAUUACCAUUCACCUUCGCCCGUGACCCUACAUACAAACACGCUUCUACUUGAAAAAAAAAACGACCUUUUUUCUCAUUGGAAAUAUGCAAAUUAGAAAAUUUAGGAAUGUCAACGAAAGCUGUGUACAGUAUCGGAGAUGAACUGAUUAUAGAUUUAUUAUAUGGACUGAGAUAAUACAGAAAUGGAGAAUAAAGCGUUAGAAUCUGGUGGAGAAAUGUCAUCUGACAUGUCGUCUGCUAUUGACAGUGAACACAAAAAAUCUAAUGAACAAACAGACGCAAAUUACAAGGAUUUUAAUAAAAUGAAAAAAGAUAAUAUUAACAGGAAAGAUCAAUCGAAUGAGCACAAAACGAUCAUUUACAUAAACCGAUCGUUUGAUGAAACUAGUGAUUCAGAGGACGUUCAAAUAAAGCAGGAAUCAAACCGGAAGGACGAUGAGAGAGAUUCCAUUAAGAAAGACGUUACGGACCUGCUCGAUGUAAAUUUAAAAGAAAAAUUAAAAGAAAAUGAAUAUAACGAUGCAUUACCAGACCCAAUUGAUCUUGUCUUGCAGGAAAUCGGGGAACAGACAUCUAAUGACAAUAUAGUUAGCAAGCGUAAUUCCAAGCAACUCCAGUUUACAGAAGAUUCUCGAAUAAGGGACGGGAAUGACAAGGAGUAUGAGGAGUCUUGCAGUAAUCCUAUGUUCAGAUUUAAAGUCUGGGACACAAUAUUUUUGUUUUGGAAUACAGCAACAAUGGGAUGGGUUUAUGGACAAAUGGGCCCGGCUUUACCAGAUCUCCAGCUGAUAGCAGGUGUACCACUUCAACAAGCCACAUGGUUAUUUACAGGUUUUGCCAUUGGUUAUCUAGGUGGAUGUCUCUUAGCUGGAUUUAUUCAAGAUAGAUUCAAUCCAAGACUUUUGCUGUUCUUAUAUACGUUAGGGACAGCAAUUACCAUUGGAUUAUUGCCAUGGAUACCCGAGUUUAUUGUCAUGGUAAUUAUACGGGUCAUUAAUGGAAUAUGUAUUGGAGGCCAAGACACAGGCAUUCAUUCCAUGUUAUUUGCACUAUGGGCCAGUGAAGGCGGCCCUUUCAUCCAGAUGACCCACGUGCUCACGGCUGUUGGUGGGAUUAUAUCUCCUCUCAUUACACAACCUUUUGUAAGAGAACCGAAAGGGAAUGUGGAACCAGGACGUAAUUUAUCAUAUGAUGUAACAUCAGUAACAACAACAUCUGCAGUUACAAACAACAUAACAUUUUUUCAGUAUAAUUCAACUCUAACUAGUCUUAGCACGGGCGGUGUCACGUAUUCGGAAACUGUUCACAAAGAGACUCAUGUUCAGUAUGCUUUUCUGAUUACUGGAAUACUAGUUUUUUCUGCAGCUGUUCCAUUCCUUGUUGCUUUUCUUCGGAAACAAGCAAUUCAAAAGACCGUACGCCAAUAUAGCAAUGAUAGUGUUGAUAAAAAUAAGCUACCGAAAUUGAUAAAACAGAUCAUUUUAUUUAUUUUGUUUGUAAAUUCAUUUGUUGCUACGGCCUACAUUGAUUUGUUUCCCAGCUUCCUAACAACUUUUGUAAUGAGUCAACUUGACUGGACACAGCAAGCAGCAUCCUCUCUCACUUCCCUUUAUUUCGGUAUGUACGCUGUUGGAAACUUUAUAGGAGUCUUUAUUUUAGCAUACAUAACUCCUACAAAACUCAUUGUUACCUCCUAUCUUACCUCAGGAAUUUCGAUAGCGGGUGUUUUACUAAGCGUUUUGUAUAUACAGACUGAAUUAGUUUGGGUCUCUGUAGGGCUCAGUGGUAUAACAAUGUCGGGAAUAUUGCCAACCCUGUUCACAUUUACACAGGAAAACGUGACACCAAUCACAGCGAGGCUAGCUUCAGGUCUGCUGAUUUCCGGCUCCGCUGGAGUAAUGGUGAAUCCAAUACUUUUGGGAUACAUGAUGGAAGUGUUCUCACCAAUGUGGUUUAUAUAUCUAUCUCUUGGGGAAACUGUCGUUUGCUCAAUGUUGUUUGCAACAGUCUUUACAUUAUCAAGGCUUUAUUCUGCAAAGAGAAUUAAAAUACACGAGACAUCUGCUCUCAACGAAGAACUAAAACCUAAGGACGAUGAGGUUACAGAAGAUCAAACGAAAAUAUAUCCUCGUGGAACCCUCUUUGGUGUUUAGUUAAAUAUGGGUUUUAGCUCAGAAGAACCGUCUAACGUCAAAAUUGGUCUUCUCCUCUGAAAGUACUUCAAAUUUGGUGUGAAGCAACAUAGUCAAACUGCCCAAUUUACGCUAAACAGAGGUCAAAAUACCAAAAAUCUCAUUCCAGCCAUUACAGCUUUUCCUAUUGAUCGAAUGGCUGGAUGAUCAUCAAACUUUGUCUGUAGCUUUUAAAGAUAGUCAUCUAUCAAGUUACUUUAAAGAAUAGCUUUACACUUUUACCCAUAGCAUUUUGAAAUGCUUGUCUGUCAUGUUUGUUGUUCUAAAUGAUUUUAAUCAGCUCUAGAGCCUUAUUACUUAUUAGGAGCUGCAAGACCCUUAAAUAUGGGAUUAAAUAGAUCAGAUUGCUCCAAAUUGAUUUGGUUAGUUAUUUUAAGAAGACAGUAGUGCCAAAUUGCAAUAUAUGUAAACUAUUUAUUUAGUUAUAUAGUAUGAUUGUGAUCUCCCUUUGAACUACUUAAAGCCCCCCUCUCCCACUCCCUAGGGUAAAUGUUUAGGUCACUGUUUCGAUAAUUAGCAUGGUUUUAGCAAGCUUAUGCGGAGGCAUCGUUUAAAAGUUCUUUUCGACCCCACCCCAAUGUCAAGGUCAAUGUCUGCUAUUAAAAAGUAAUUGACAAUUGGUUUCCGGACAAAAACUACAGUUCAGAAUCAAACAUAUAGCAAGGUUGUGUGGAGAUAUCUCUUGGAAUCUUGGAACUGCUUUAAGGCCUCAAAUUGUCAAAACCAAUGUCACUAUAACUCAAAAUAAAAGAAAAUGGUUUUCAAAUGAUAAUUAAAGACAAGUUUGAUACAUGUAUGUUAUAAUCUUAUAUACAUAUAUAUUUAUAUCAUUGAUAUAAUAUACUAAUGAUAUAUUUCAUUUUUUUUUUUUGUUGAUAUUUUCUUAUUUUCUUGGCCUUUAAUUUACCUUGAGCAUCAAGAUCAAUUUCUUUAAAAUUGCUUACAUUGUCGUACAUUUGCUACUGAUUUAAGAUUUAAUUCAUACUUAGACAAAAGAACACACAUGACAAAACAGACAUGUUAAAUCAUUUUGAUAUGACCUUUAAUUUACCUUUAUUAUUGAAUUUUGCUAACAUUGUCACAGCUUUGAUAUUUAUUGAUUCAUUCCUCAUGUUCUUGGACAAAAAGAACACUUAAUGACAGAAAUGACAAUUUAAAUAUGGCAAUGACCUUGACCAUUAAGGUCAAAUAGGAUUUUUUUAAUCAUUUGUUACCAAAAUAUAGUGUAAAAUAGGAGUAUUCGCUACUAUAAUAUACUUCCUUUGAUGUGUUUGACUUUAGAAAUAAGAAAAAGACGAGCGUGGCCCCCGCUAGGCGGUAGCUCUUGUUGAUAAAAUCAGUAUUGUAUCUGGUCACCAUUCUGUCAUUCCUGGGUGGAUUAUAAAAUAACUAACCAUAAAUGUUUUGGAUAUUAUGACGAUGUGUGGCGCGCAAGAAUUAUGUCAUCUUUCUAUAAUUUCUGGGUGGAUUAUAGAUUCAUAUAGAAAGUUAUGCCCCAUUAACUUUAAUAAAAAAUAAGUUUCCGUCCAUUAUCUCCACAACAGUUGUACAUAUUCAACUCAAUUUUAACAUAUGUCAUUGUUAUUAGAAUGAUUUGUACAAAUAAAAUUGGAACUAAAUAUUAAAGCAUUUGAAAUUUUGGCUGCAUGCGGGGGCAUUCGUGGCGUUACGACACAUUUCUAGUUUUCAAUCUUGUAUUUAUAUGUACCACAUUUUGUUUGCAUGUAUUUCAUUCUAACUAUUGUCUACGUCACAGGAGAGCUGUGAUUAAUAAAAGUGUUAUAUUAUUUAUUUUGUAUAUUAUAUACAAACACACAAAAAUGUACUUAUUUUAUGUACUGAAGACUUCUGUAAAGCCCCAGUCACAUUAGAGCUUACGACCAGAGAAGACCAGUUCACGAUCACCAGUGACCUCUGGUCGCGGACAAUCUUUAAAACGUCUUACGACUGUCAUCGGUGAUCUUUGACAGUCGCAGGUUAUCUUAUUUAGGUCCCACGUAGAGAGGUUAUUGAGCUUAUGACCUGCCGUGCGAUUGUCAAUGAUGACUGGUCUUACGAUAGUCGCAGAAGUAAAUUUAUACGUGCAAAAAUGGUUUUGGUCGCAAACAAUCGCUGAUGAUCGUCAGUUUUACAAGUCGCCGGUGGUCGAAAGUAAUCUUAAGCUCUAGUGUGACUGGGGUUUAACAUGGCCUUUAGUACUUGACAAAAAGGGCACGUGUGUGUGUGUGUGUGUGUGCGUGCGUGCGUGCGUGUGUGCGUGUGUGUGUGUGCGUGUGCGCGCGCGCGCGUGUGUGUGUGUGUGUGUGCGUGCAUGUUUGUGUGCGUGCAUGUGUGUAUGCGUGCGUGCAUUUCAACCAAACUUGCCAGAGUGUUCUGUGUGUGAAGGGCUUCUAAAGUUCUUUCUCAGAAUUAUGUUCCAUGGCAAGCAAAACGGGAAUAUAGAAAGAAACAUAAACCAUUUGUAUUCACUCUAAAACCACAAGGCCUAGAGCAUAGAUAUUUUGCACCAAGUAAUGCAUUGUCUGAAGAUUGUUCAAAUAAUAGCCAUGAGAUCAAAAUUGGCCGCAGGUUCAGAAAAUGAAAGGGCUUACAUAUUAAGCAUGAUCUAUUGUCUAGUGGAUAGCUACCAAGUUUUGUUUUUCAAAUUAAAGUCUCUGGUUUGGCAUCAUCGUUUGCUCCUAUUUAUGUUCUGUUCGUACUUGUGUUGUAUUUUUUUCUCCUUCUUGUGUUUAAUAAUGCGGUGACAUAGCAUUAGCAUUUUUUUCACAAAUGCAAUCUUGUUUAUGCUUUUGUUUAAGGUAUCUACUUUCAGUAUCGGUUCUCAAAUUACUGAUUGCUAUUUUUAUGUUAACAACAUACAAGUUUGAAGUGGGCAAUAUCAUAAAGCAUCGAUAAAAAUGUAUUUAUAAUACACAGUUACUUAAAAUUACUUAAAUACAAUCACUAAAACUGUCUAGAUCCUUUUUGGUUUAUUGCCAACAACCAUAUAUGA